GUAACUGGACUACUGUUUUCAACCAGCUUUAUUCAGCGAUGACAACGACAUCGCUCAGAAUCAGCUGCUGCGUUCGGAUCCGUUGAGCCGGUGAAUCCGGACCUGCGGCGUGAUACAGGUGGAAAUGGAUUUCUCCGAGGCGUAUACUGAUAGAUGCUCCUCUGUCGGACAUGCAUCUCGGACUGGUGAUAUAAAAUCCUUGAGGAAACUAAUUAAAAAAGGAUGCAGUGUGGAUGUGGCUGAUAACAGAGGAUGGAUGCCAAUUCAUGAAGCAGCGUUUUCCAACUCGGCUCAAUGUUUACAGCUCUUAAUUACUUCAGCCAGGUCCAGGUCAUACGUAAAAUCCAAAACAUUUGAAGGUGAAUCUGCUCUGCAUCUUGCUGCAAAGUCUGGCGGCGCCCCCUGCUCCGAGAUCCUUCUGCGAGCCGGCGCCAAUCCCAACGAGGUCACUAACGACCUAACAACACCGCUAUUCUUAGCUGUAGAGAGUGGACGUGAGGAUGUUGUCCGGCUGCUGCUGAAAUUUAAAGCAAAUAUUAAUGGGCCGCAUUCUUGCUCAGGAUGGAAUCCCUUACACCAAGCCUCACUUAUGGAACGUACUGACCUCAUACAAUUGCUUCUUGAAAAUGGAGUGGACAAGGAGUGCAAAGAUGAUUUUGGUAUUACACCGUUAUUUAUUGCAGCACAGUACGGAAAGUAUGAGAGCCUCAGCCUGUUAUCCCGCGGUGCUGAUGUCAACUGCCAAGCCAAGGACAAGGCGACACCAUUAUUCAUCGCCGCUCAGGAAGGCCACGACAAAUGUGCAGAGCUGUUACUGUCUCAGGGAGCCGAUCCAAACCUUUACUGCAAUGAUGACGGCUGGCAGUUGCCAAUACACGCAGCUGCGCAAAUGGGCCGGAGCAAGGUUCUGGGCAUGCUUAUGGCAGUCACAAAUCGUGUGUGCGACACCGAGAAAGAUCAAGUGAGUCCAGUGUAUUCUGCAGUCUAUGGAGGGCAAGUGGAGUGCCUGAAGCUGCUACUAGCCGGAGGGUAUAGCCCUGAAGCCCAGGAAUGUCCACUCUUCGGAUGUAAAACGCCCAUGUGCAUGGCCAUUCAAAGAGGACACACAGAAAUGGCCCCACUUCUCCUGAAAUAUGGAUCCAGGCUGUCAAGUUUAUAUUUGCAGAAUUGUUUAGAAUACAACAAUUUUCCUCUAUUCCGUUACUUUCUAAACCAACACUGUCCAUUGCCCUCUGGAGACGAAGUGAAUGCAUUUAAACAACCGUUAUCUAAAAGCAAUCACAAGGAAUGGCUGUCUCACUUGCUGCUGGCAGGACUUGAUCCCUCACUGCUGUUGGACACUGCAUGGAUCCGUUCUGUAAAUGAUGACAUCCUUAAUUUGACUCUGGAGUUCAGUAAUUGGAAGAGGCUCUCUGCAGAUGUGGAGAUGAUCUUGUCCACCCACUCAGAACAAUUCACCUGGAUUCCGAAGAAACAUUUCGCAUCCAUUCCAUCGCUGAUGCACCUCUGUCGGCUUAAAAUACGCUCCGUUCUGAGCACUGAACGUCUGCGAUCUGGCAGAUACAUUUCUCAGCUCCCCAUUCCUGCCUGCCUUCAAGAAUAUCUCCAGUAUUCUGAGGUUCUCCAUCUCUAUGGGAUUGCCAGAAAAGAUGAUUCUCAUGAGGAUAAACUGGAAAAUGUCCCUCAAGCAAGUGAAUGAUUGAAAUCCGUAUAUCACCGUGACUGGACAUUUAUACCCUGCUGUAGGCUGAUUUCAGUAUUAAAUACUGCUUGUAAAUAUACUUUUUUUUUAUUAUUUCUAAAGAAGCCGAGAUGUGUUUGCAAGUGCUGCAGGAAACAGGAAGUGUCGAUUUAAAUAAAGAUCUUGUUGUUUGUACUGUGA